CGUCAUCUCCCCCCCCGAGGGCCCCCGAGUCCUCCGACGGUCCGACCCCGACGCACGCGAGAGACGAGUUUACAGCAGUUUAACAGUUCGGUACGGCCUCGACGACACGGCGAAACGCAAAACGGUGGCGGGCAGUGGGCGAGAGCGAGGGACGAGCCCAUCUCCCACGCACAGGUUCGGCGUCGCGCGCGGUCGCGACCGACUCGAGGAGGCGGUCCCACGACAACGCGGUGUCCAUCGUAAUUAUGCAGUGCUAGUGAACGUGAAUGUCAGACACAAUGAGCUUCUCUAGCGAUGAGGUCAACUUCCUGGUCUACCGAUACCUGCAGGAAUCCGGUUUCCAACACUCCGCGUACACGUUCGGAAUAGAGUCCCACAUAUCGCAGAGCAACAUCAAUGGAGCCCUCGUGCCACCGGCAGCACUCCUGUCCAUCAUUCAGAAGGGGCUACAGUACACAGAGGCGGAGAUAAUGAUCGGCGAGGAUGGCACCGAGCACCGAAUGGUGGAAUCUUUGUCGCUCAUCGACGCCGUUAUGCCAGAUAUCGUUGCGACGCGGCAGAAUCAGAUCAAUCAGCAGAAGCAGCAGGUGAAGGCGGAUGGUCAGGAUACCAAUGGCGAAGAAGUUGUCACGUCCAACGAAGGUGUAAACAAUAACGAUCGAAGUGGAGAUCGGGGAACGGAGAUGGAGGUGGACGAGCCGGCAACAGGUGCGAACGCAGGCGCCAACGCCAGCACCGUCGAGAUACCUGCCAGCAAAGCCACCAAGUUGCGCGGUCACGAGUCGGAGGUGUUCAUCUGCGCCUGGAAUCCGACGACCGAUUUACUGGCCUCUGGCUCGGGCGACAGCACUGCUCGCAUUUGGGAUAUGUCGGACAACUCGCAGGCGCCCAACCAGCUGGUCCUACGCCACUGUAUUCAGAAGGGCGGCACCGAAGUGCCUAGCAAUAAAGACGUUACCUCGUUAGAUUGGAAGUGUGAUGGCACGUUACUCGCGACGGGAAGUUAUGACGGAUACGCGCGAAUCUGGACUACGGACGGGCGAUUGGCAUCGACAUUGGGCCAACACAAAGGCCCGAUCUUCGCCUUAAAAUGGAACAAACGCGGUAAUUACAUUCUGAGCGCCGGCGUCGACAAGACAACGAUAAUUUGGGACGCCGAGAGUGGACAGUGUACACAACAGUUCAGUUUUCACUGCGCGCCCGCCCUGGACGUCGACUGGCAGACGAACACAUCGUUCGCGAGCUGUUCCACAGAUCAAUGUAUACAUGUGUGCAAACUCAACGUGGACAAGCCCAUCAAGAGCUUCCAGGGACACACAAACGAAGUCAAUGCAAUUAAAUGGGACCCGCAAGGAAACCUGUUGGCCAGCUGUUCGGACGAUAUGAGCCUGAAAAUAUGGUCUAUGAAGCAGGACACGUGGGUGCACGAUCUGCAGGCGCACAGUAAAGAAAUCUACACGAUCAAGUGGUCACCGACCGGCCCGGGGACGCACAAUCCGAAUAUGAAUCUAACGUUAGCUAGCGCAUCGUUCGACUCCACCGUUAGACUGUGGGACGUGGAAAGAGGUGUUUGCAUACACACGCUUACCAAACACACCGAGCCAGUUUAUAGUGUAGCGUUCAGUCCGGACGGGAAAUUCCUUGCUAGCGGUAGUUUCGACAAGUGCGUUCACAUAUGGUCUACGCAAAGCGGCCAGCUGGUGCACAGUUACAAAGGUACAGGCGGUAUCUUUGAGGUCUGCUGGAAUAGCCGCGGUGACAAAGUCGGUGCGUCGGCAUCCGACGGCAGCGUAUUCGUUCUUGAUCUUCGUAAACUAUAAUUAUAAAUUACGUCCUAGAAAGUCCUAUUCCUGUUUCAACAAGUUUUGUUACAACUCUGCUUUAA